UGUGAAAACAUUCAGGUCAUUGACAGGAAGUGUGUGCGGGAUUGUUGUUUUGAGGGUUGAGCGAAAAGCACACAAAUAACUCUUUGUUUCUCUUUAUUAUCUUUCCGAAUAUUGGUAUAGCAACUGUUUCUGUGUGGAGUAAAGAAACACAGAAAACAAAGAAAAAAUAUACAGGCAAAUAGUAAUUUGCCUUCAACAGAGAAGUAAGAACGAAGAAAAAUUACUGUCAGUCACGGAAAGAAGGUUAUGUUUACAAGAUGCAACAACUGAAGUGUUUAAGUUGUUUAGCCAUUACCUGCAUACUUCUGCCCUUGUUCAUCCAUGGAAAUGCAGAUGUUGAUAACUGCAGUAUCCGUCAAGUUCUACGCAACAGCGUCAGUGAUAAGCUGAGAGUUAGCUGUGAUGUCAACGACAUAUGUACAGCUGUACAUUGUCAAGGAGUCUUUCUGAAAAAUAUAUUCUCAACUAAAAUCACUACCAAACAGAAUGAUACCAUAUGUUUUGGCACCAUGAUCAAUCACUGUGAUACACCUCUCUCUAUGGAUGUAUACUUACAGUAUGAUGCCAUGAAAUACUCUCUCAUGAAGAGACUCUACAACAACUUAACUGUGAUAAUAUAUCAGAAUAUAUAUCUGUUUAUAGAAUUGUCACAUGAUAAAGAUGUUGUACCCCAUAAGGUCACGAUUAAGGUGUCGCUUAAAACUGACAUGAUAGGGCAUACCCUUUCAUAUCCUGUGGUUCCAGAGCGUACAUAUACAUUGCCAUCAUGUCCUGCUGGUGCCACGAAGACGCCGCUCCCUACACUUCAGCCAUGCCAUGCACCACGGUUCGAUUCUCAUACAAGCCAACAUGAACUACCUCACCCUCAGCAGCAGCACCACCACCACCAUAGUGAAGAGACUCAUUCCCCAAAAAUACGAUACAUCAAAUCAGUCACCUAUGGUAAACUAUGCAAUCCUAAAUCGGUAUAUUCUUGUGAGAAAAAUGAAAUCUGUACUUUUGAGAAUAAAUGUGAAUGUCAGCCAGGGCUGGUGAUGAACCAAUUUUCAGGAUUCUGUGAUGUAUCUGAUGCCAAACGUGGAAGUCCUACAAAGCCUAUACUGUCUAUUUCUUCUCCAGCUUCCAGAUCAAUGCAUCAUCCUGACCAUUUGAUACAGAAUACUGAUACUCCCCUCUUGACAGAAAAUGCUGUGAAUUCAACAGUGAAAAGCAAUGCCCUUAUCACAGGAUUAUCUGUUGGAGCUGCUGUUCUGCUUGUUACCAUCAUCUUGGUGGCCUUUAUCAUUUGGAAACGCCAGAAUAAUCAGACCAGUCAUGUUCCAUUAAUUGACAAUGAGGAAGUUGUUAUUUAAGAAAAUAUUUGGUUGCUUUUCUUUUGUCAAAAAAUUAUUUUUGCCUUAUAAUUUUCUUCUUGCAAUUCUUUUUAAUAGCAUAUAAUUUCUAGCUAAUUGAAUAUUUUGAUUUACAAAACUAGUAUAUGAGUGCAUGUGUGUGUGUGUAUGUGUAACAUAGAUAUAUUCUUGAGUUACAAGUGAUUUGAUUUGAUAUCUUCUGUUAAGAUUAAAACAAUUGUAUUGAACUAAGCCAUUAAAGACACACACCGUUCACUUUUAUAUGUAAGACUUGUUACACUUUACUUCACUCUACCCAAUAUCAGGUACCAAUAUAUAUUGUCAUCGUAAUGCAACACAAUAAAAUAAAAGUGCAACUCAUGCCAUCAUAGAAACUGGAUCUAAAAUGGUGAUAAUGUGUGUUUUUAAUGGUUAGAAUAACUACCACAGAGCUAUUGUUUUAAAUAUUAAUUCUUCACUAAUUCUUCUGUAUAUAUGAUGUAUAUUUUUCUUAUUGUGAGGUUUAUUGAUAAACUUUAGAAUUAAAAUUAAGAAAUUUGA